AUUUUUAGAGUGCGGGUCAUGGAAACACCAUUCGUGACGCGUCCCCUUUAAACUGCCCACUCUGCGGAUAAAGUGAGGAGUGGUAGCGCGGAUGGGGCGCGCGUGUCUGUAAUACAAGAGUCUCUUGGUAUGCACAGCAACGAUUGACUGCAGAUUCCAUUUAACGCUUUAACUAACCGACUAAUGGCUUGUUGCGUGAACAUAACGCAACAACUACUGAGACGUCGGCAUGCGAGGUAGACGGACAGCAAAGACCGUGGCGACCUGCUUAAUGCCUCCUUAAAUGUGGAAUGAAGAGACACCCCUUCCUUUGCAUCAUUUGCUUUUUUCCUGCACUUCCCUCCUUGUCCUUCUCAAACAACCUGCCGUGUGGAAGCUUUGGGGUAGACGAGGACACACCCGCAUACUGUACCUCUCUGCCCCUCCUCCCUGCCUGCCCCGUUAUGCACAAUACGCCGGUGUGCCGAGAGCUACGGCAGACAGUCGCAGUCAGGAUUUAAAGAAUCAGAUGUGUUUGUCAUUUUCAUCGCGGUCACACAGAUGCCGGAUUGCUAUCCUCACCUCGAGAAGGCUGUCGUGACUUCUGGGAACCUGAGGGGUGAUUUAGAAGUUUAUCUAAGCAGUCGACCCAUCCAGUAGCACGCUGUGGCCCUUAGUGCUCUACGGUGUCAAGCCCCCUUCUGUGUGGAUUCCCACCCUGCAUUUUCCCACCCUGUGGUGCCCUGCCUCAGUGAAAAGUGCAGGCCUCACCCUCCUGCAUUAUGACUGUGGCCACGGGCGACCCCUCAGAUGAGGCGGCAGCACACCCUGGUCUUCCUCAGGACUAUGACCCCGGAACAGAGCAGGACUGCUGUGAGCGAGUGGUCAUCAACAUCUCGGGUCUGCGUUUCGAAACGCAGCUUAAGACCCUCUCGCAAUUCCCCGAAACAUUACUGGGGGACCCCAAGAAGCGCAUGAGGUACUUUGACCCCCUAAGGAACGAGUAUUUUUUUGAUAGAAACCGCCCAAGCUUUGACGCCAUCCUCUAUUAUUAUCAAUCGGGCGGAAGGUUGCGGCGACCCGUCAACGUCACUUUGGACGUGUUCUCGGAGGAGAUCCGUUUUUACGAGCUCGGAGAAGAAGCGAUUGAGAUAUUCAGGGAGGACGAGGGUUUUAUCAAGGAGGAGGAGAGACCGUUGCCUGAAAAUGAGUUUCAGAAGCAGGUCUGGUUGCUGUUCGAGUAUCCAGAAAGUUCUGGGCCAGCCAGGAUUAUAGCUAUAAUAUCAGUCAUGGUCAUCCUCAUCUCCAUUGUCAGCUUCUGCCUGGAAACCUUGCCCAUCUUCCGCAGCGAUGAGGAGGAGAUGCACAAAGUCCCCACUAACGUCAACACCACAACCAUUUACACAUCCAACUACUUCACAGACCCUUUCUUUAUUCUAGAGACGCUUUGCAUCAUCUGGUUCUCCUUCGAGUUCUUGGUGCGGUUCUUUGCCUGUCCUAGUAAAGCCAGCUUCUUUGUGAACAUAAUGAACAUGAUUGACGUGGUAGCCAUCAUUCCUUACUUCAUUACGCUGGGAACGGAGCUGGCGGAGAAAGCAGAGGAUGGGCAGCAAGGCCAACAAGCCAUGUCUCUUGCAAUUCUGAGGGUCAUAAGACUCGUACGAGUCUUCAGAAUCUUCAAACUUUCCCGCCACUCAAAGGGACUUCAGAUUCUUGGCCAAACCCUCAAAGCCAGCAUGAGAGAAUUAGGUCUACUCAUCUUCUUCCUCUUCAUCGGAGUCAUCCUCUUUUCUAGCGCCGUCUACUUCGCAGAGGCAGACGAACCCGAGUCGCAGUUCUAUAGCAUCCCGGAUGCCUUCUGGUGGGCUGUGGUUUCAAUGACAACCGUUGGUUAUGGAGAUAUGGUGCCCACAACCAUUGGAGGAAAAAUCGUCGGAUCCCUCUGUGCCAUCGCUGGCGUCUUGACCAUUGCCCUUCCCGUGCCCGUCAUCGUCUCAAACUUCAACUACUUCUACCAUCGAGAAACAGAAGGCGAAGAGCAGGCGCAGUAUCUCCAGGUUAGCGUCCCCAAAGCUGAUUCCCAAGAAGAGCUGAAGGGAAGUCGAAGUGGAUCCACCAUCAGCAAGUCCGACUACAUUGAGAUCCAAGAAGGCGUCAACAACAGCAAUGAGGACUUUCAGGAAGAGAACCUCAAGACAGCCAAUUGCACUUUAGCCAAUACAAAUUAUGUUAAUAUCAAAAAAAUGCUGACAGAUGUGUAGUCAUUUGUGGAGCAGGUCCAAACUGAACUUAAAAAGGACUAGUAAACCAUGUUCGAAGGAGGAUUGUGAGGUCAGAGAGCCUCAGUUAUUGACAUGAGAUUUCCGAUCUCCAAUACCUCAUUGAUAGUCCAGGUCCGUCCACAAUCCAAGUAUUCACCAGUGUUCGCAUGGAGUCAUCUAUAUCAUCCAACACCUUAUCCGGAGCAGGAGCCAAGUAUUUAUACGGAACUGCGGAACACAAAUAAACAGCACAUGAGUGUCAAUAUAUUUCAGUCAACAUCUUACUCUCAAAGCCAAGCUUCGCCAAAGAAAUGUCAUUUGUGUGCUUCAUCUGCUGUUAUAAAGGUUUGCCGUCACAUUCAGUACAUGUAUACGAUGCAAAGAAUACUCACAGGAGUUUCAUCCACUCUGCUGCUUGUUAACGAACACCAAUAUUCACCGAUUCAAGACGGUUGUCUAUUAUUUUAGUGUUAUUAUAGUGAUCAGCUGGGAAUGUCAUUGAAAACUGCUUGCUUCUGUGUCGAUAGUUGUGUGUGGAUCCAAAACACGUAUGUAUGGACAACACUUGUAUCAACUCCUUCACGAUUAUCCUGCUGCAAAGCUUUUGAAGACAAGAUGAAUGUCUCUACAUGCCAUAUUUUGUUAUUUAUAGUCUACUGUUGUUCAAUGGCUUUUCCUUUUUUCAUCUCAUAUCACCUUUCAACCAUUUUUGCAGUUCUUCAGGAUAAAGAGCAUACAGAACAUGUUAAAUGAUAAAUAAGCAAAAUAACACCCUAGUGCCACAGAAAAAAUGCUUGAUGUGUUGUGUAAGAGCAUACUGUUCAUUGUAUAUUCUGCGAGCUGCAGAGAUAGUCCGAAAUGUAGUUGAUAUUCAAAUAACUUUGCCACUUAAUGAGCCAUAUUGUAGUUCACACUUUAAUGUCCCCAAGCACAUUUGUAGCAAUGAUGUCAGAUUAUUUUUAAUCACUGGCUUGUCUGUCAUCUUGAAAUCAUUUUCAGGUGUUAGAAAAACCUUGAUAGAGUGUGUUAGAUGUUUUGUCUUUUCUUUUACCGGCUUUGAUCAAGAAAAAAACACUGGUAUUAUAGUGUUGCAUGGCCUCAAAAUCAAUCCUAAUGGCAUGGAUUUUCAACUCAAGAGAAAGUGAUAUACAGAAACUAGUCAGCUAGAUAUUACGACAAUAUGUAACUUGCUCUGUAAAUAUACAUAUAUACAUUUAUUUUUAUCUGUUUCAUUGUGAUCCAAAGGUGCUGUUUUCAGGUUUUGUUUUGCAAGCGAAACUAUAAAAAGACACUCAGCAUUGCAUUUGGACGGACAGUGCAGCAUUAGGGCAUUGAUUGCUGGGACAUUGAUUGUCUUAGUUUCAGGUGACCUUGAAAUCUAGAUUUACUUGGCUCUUGCAAUGAUGACUGUUUAAUAGCUAACAGUGAAUCAGCAGAGAGCUUUGGAAACUAUGUAAGUCAAUAUCGUCUUCUUUUGAUUGACCUUCUACAAAAGUUUUGGCUCCAGCCACAGUUGUUGCAUCCCAUCCUCUCAUUAAACAUAUAUUAUCAAGUAUAGCCAUUAUCAAGGCAGUAUAGCCAUUAUAUCGUAUCAAGUAUAGCCAUUAUUUCGAGCAUCUUAUUGUUUUCAUGCUCAUCUUUACACACAAAAAUUGACUGUUUGUGGAUGGUUUGAUGAUUUGACUAUUAUUUAACGUGGCACAUGAUUGCGUACCCUUAAGUUUCUCACCCACAUCUAUUCCAUUAUCUCACCUGGGCUGCAGGUGCCUUUGUCUUUGUUUCUCUAUUUUUAUUUUUAUUUUCUAGCAAACUUUAUGUGCUGAUGCUGCUAAUUUAGAAGCAGAUACUGCUUUCACAGCUGCUGCUAAUUAUGUUAUCUUUUUUUAAUUCAGAAUAUAGACAUCACUGCAACGCGCACAGUUCGGGUAGGUUUAACGAAAUGUACGAACCUCAAUGUCGCCAUACGGUGCACAGCCAGUGCCUAAAAUAUGUACUAAACUUAUGUUUGGAUGCUUUAAAGCUGAAGUGUGUAUUAUUAUUAUUUUUUUUUAAAUGGUUUCUUUUGUCUUAGCUGCAAGUAAUCCUGGUCACCCUUUGGUCCAAAUUAUCACUAUUAACUAAAUAUUAACUACGACUUUUGCAUUAAUAAACUCCUAAUUACUGCUUAUUAGUAGUUAGUAAGGUAGUUGUUAAGUUUAGGAAUUGGGUAGAAUUUGGGAUGUAGAAUAUGGUCAUGCAGAAUAAGGCAUUAAUAUAUGCUUUAUAAGUACUAAUAAACAGCCAAUAUCCUAGUAAUAUGCAUGCUAAUAAGCAACUAGUUAAUAGUGAGAAUUGGACGCUAAAAAACUAAAGUGUUAACAUAAUCCCUUCAUGGACUAAUUUCCCACAAAACACUGUGGUGCUUUCAAAUCCUUGCUUUGCUUAGGCAGCCCAACACCACAGCAUUGGCUAAACCAAUAGUGUGAUAUAAGGGUGAAACUAUCUGUGUGUCUGAGCAAUGGCAGAUGAGGAGUGUUUGGAAGAUCUGUUUUGAAAAUAAUCAUUUUUGUAAUUCUAUAUAGGAGAGCAGACAUUACACACUUCAGCUCUAAUACAGGCAAACAGCAGGUUUUCUAUGCAUGACAUUGGACAGUAUGCUGUUAGUGAAUCAGAUGUAUCAUCCAAAUACAUAUACAUAAACAUUGUCACUGUAACUU